ACUAACUGGACCGAGGUUUUAACAGUGUUUUACGGUUCCCUAAAACUGAGCAGAAAUAUUCGUGAAUCGGUUACGGUCAGCUGAAAAAUGAGGUGUUUUGUACGUGUUUCAUUGUGCCAGUAACGUAUGCGUAACAGACGUGGAUAAAUUUAGAAUCUUCAUGCUUAAGAAACAAACUGAUAGUGUACAAAGCAUGACUAUCCAAAGUAUAGACAGUUUGAACACAAAAAACGCGGAAACUAUGCAGAGCCUAAGUGAAAAGUCGCAAAAUCAGCAACAGCAACAGACUGCGAGUAAAAACGGACAUAUUAGUUUUAGUGUAGCUUCACUUCUUGCUGACACAAGGCCGGCGAAAUCAACGUCGCCCGAAUCACACCCAAAUUCCUCGCUAAGUCCACAGCACCAUUCAUCGGACGAUGACUACGAUUCUAAUCAAGAAGACUCAAUAGUCGACGUAGAGGAUUUAAAUUGUACAGACCAAAAAUCUGACAGCCUUUCCAAAGAUAGCGAACACUUUUUACGGCAAUCGCAACGCGAAAGGGCGGAAUUCCAAAGAGAUGGUAUGGUUAAUCAAGGACCCAUACGGCCGACGCCGUUUUCAGCGCUUGCCGCCGCUGUCUAUCAGGCGGCUCAUCCCAAUUGGGCCGCGCAAGGAUUGGUAACCCCAUUCGGCGGUCCUGGACCCAUGUUUCAAGGACCUACUCCUUUCGGGGUGCCGACAAUAACCGCAGAUUCAAAUGGUGAAGGUCCCAAGCUGAAGUGCAACUUGAGGAAGCACAAACCGAACAGAAAGCCACGCACUCCGUUCACGACGCAGCAAUUGCUAGCGUUAGAAAAGAAAUUCAGAGACAAGCAAUAUUUAAGUAUCGCGGAAAGGGCGGAAUUCUCGAGCUCGUUGCGAUUAACGGAGACGCAGGUGAAAAUAUGGUUUCAGAAUCGAAGGGCGAAAGCUAAGCGGUUGCAAGAAGCGGAAAUAGAAAAACUAAAGAUGGCUUCUUUAACCAGACAUCCCCACCCUUUAUAUCCCCAUCCUGCCUUGCAGGGUUAUUUUCCCCCAGGAGCUCACCCUCUAGCGUCCCUUUUAGGAGCACGACCCCCUAUGGCCCCACUUGGAAUUAUUUCUCAACCACCUCCUCAUCAUUUAACUUCACCGCAAAGCUCGAUGAGAACGCCGAGUCCACAUAUGUCUUAAACGCGCGAGGGCGUGUUUGAUAAAAUACAUUUUAUAGAGUAAAAUGCGAUGUUAGUAUUGUUGUAUUAUGUGAUUUUACAUGCAAUAUUAAAUUUACGAUAUAGGCAAAUUAUAUUUUUGUGAUCAUGUGCAGUACACCACGAAAUUGGGCAUUACUACGAGUUUUGAUUAAUUGAACGACUGCAUUUUAAUUUAUACUUCGUUCUGCAUUUAUUUAUACCCCUACGUCAGUAGACGUAUUAAUGUGCCAAAUAUUGCAAAUACUAAAUUACACUGUUGACUGUGGUAGGUCUCGGCCAGCAUUCUUUGUUAGUAAAAACGUUCAGCUAUUGAUGUAACACUGAGAUCGCUCGGAAUUAGUUUAUGUGACCUUCUUCACCUACUUAUCAAAAUUAAUAACACACUUUGAUCUUUCGGUAUAAUUGAUAAUUAACACUAAUGUUGGUGAAAUAAAUCUGAAUAGAUAUAUUCAAGCUCUAUCUAAUAAUUACAAUGUUAUUUUUAAGAUAAACUAAUGAACAAUUUCGCUUUUAAAUGUUACAACCACCCGUAAACAGCUGCCAACUUAAUAAAGCGUACAAAACUCCUUUCUACUACACACAAUUAUAAUGAUUAUUUAUACUUCAUAAACCGUCGGCUCAUUUGGCAUUACAUCUGAAAAUGAAAUUAAUUAUAAAGGCGGUUAUUAAAUUUACGGUUUUAUAACACGUCCUCUUAAGCUGUGCGGGCGAUUUUUUAUUUCGCUUUCUCAAAAGUAUAAAGCUGUACCGGUGAAAAGUGUUCAUUAACGAAACAAAAUUUGUCUACUAAUUAUCUCGUUUCGCUUUACUCCGUCGGUAGCACAAAAACAUAUAUAGAGUUUGGAUUCAUAAAUAAUGGCAUGCAACAGUUUAUUGCUCAUGUAUAAUUACUGAUGAACUCAUAAAUGUUAAAAUUACAAAUUAUACAUAUAUCAAUAUAUUUUUAUAUCAUUAAAAUUAAUUAAAAUUAUCUUGGCAAUAAAUUAGUAUGUUUAUCACGCAUUCUGUAAAAAAAGGUCACUAACUACAGCCAUUUUUUGUCAUUUUUAUUUGGACCAAACUGAUACUUUUUUUAUUAUAUUAAUAUUGUUUACGUACUGAUGAUAUUCGAGCUCGGUGAGCUUCUUCUUUUCCUUUUAAAAAAAAAGUGUAAAUAUCUGUGUAAUUGAUUGUACAGUGAUGUAAAUAAAUUUUGUAAAUAUACAUGAAUGUAAAGUAGUUUAUGAUUUUAAUAUUUAUGUACAAUUGUAUACAUUUCGUAAUUUUGCCUUGUUUACCUAUUUUAAGUGUUUUUAACGUUCCAAAGUUACGAGAUGCG